UGAUAAGAUUAUCGUUAGAUACAUGCCGGCGUUUGCCUUUUUAUAUCUCCGGGUUCCCCGCAUCCCGACAAAAACCACCCAACUAACAAUUCAAGAUGGCAGACGACAACCUCAAGGCAGCGAUUUUGAUCGUAUCAGAUACCGCAUCCCAAGAUCCUUCCACGGACAAAGUUGCUGAUACUCUCUCGACCUUGUUCUUCACGGAGGGGUCGCAUACUUGGGAUCAGCCAACCACUAAGAUCGUACCUGAUAACGUGCUUGAUAUCCAACGAGCCAUUUGUGACUGGACGGAUGGGCCAAACUGGCUUAAUCUCAUUCUUCUUAGUGGCGGUACAGGAUUUGCGGUUAAGGACAAUACACCCGAGGCUGUCUCGCCUCUUAUCCAUCGCCAUGCCCCCGGUUUAGUGCAUGGCAUGAUUGCUGCUUCAUUGAAAGUCACACCUUUUGCGAUGAUGGCUCGGCCUGUUGCGGGUGUCAGAGAUAAAACAUUGAUUAUUACCUUGCCUGGUUCCCCAAAAGGGGCCAAGGAGAACCUUGAAGCAGUCUUCAAGCUUCUGCCACAUGCAUGUAUUCAAGCAGCUGGUGCUAAUUCCCGAGCCAUCCAUGCAGGUGGGGUGAAGAAGCUGGAGGCUGAAGCAGGCGUAUCCUCAGGAAGCCAUCAGCCAGCAGGCAAAGCAGAUCACACACACAGCCAUCACUACCAUCACCACCACCAUGACCAUUCCCAUAGUCAUGGGCAUGUUGUUCCACAGGCACAUACGUCGCCAUCGGAGAGGCCACAAUCAAAUGAUCCUAAUGCAGGGCCAAACCGCCGAUACCGCGAAUCUCCGUAUCCGAUGCUCUCUGUUGAUGAAGCACUUCGACGGAUCAGCGAACAGACCCCGGAUCCAGUGGUUGUCGAAGUUCCCGUAACUACUGCCUUGGUUGGUUCGGUCGUUGCCGAGGAUGUCUACGCUGCAGAGGCUGUUCCGGCGUACAGAGCAAGCAUUGUGGAUGGGUAUGCUGUGAUUGCACCCGAAGCGUCAGAAAUUGGGCCGAGCGUCAAGGGAAUUUUCCCCGUGGCAUCUAUUUCUUACGCCAACCCGGGAGGAUCAUUGUCGCCUCUGGAGCCUGGAACUAUCGCUAGAAUAACCACAGGAGCUCCUCUCCCACCGAACGCCAACGCCGUGGUCAUGGUUGAGGAUACAGUGCUCGCUUCAUCAACUCCGGAUGGUAAAGAGGAAGCGACUGUAGAGAUAUUGACGGGUGAAAUCAAACCAAAUGAGAAUGUCCGUGAGCCAGGGAGUGAUAUUGCGCUGGGAUCUAAAAUACUUCAGAAGGGUGAUCUGAUAACCUCGGUCGGAGGUGAGAUUGGCCUUCUAGCAGCAUCGGGAACAAAGACUGUCAAAGUUUUUAAGAAGCCAUGUGUGGGCAUUCUAAGCACAGGAGACGAGCUUGUUGAGCACGACAAUCCGAAAAAGCUCCACGGAGGACAAAUUAGAGACUCGAACCGUCCAUCUCUCCUAUCUUGCCUUGCCUCCUGGGGCUUUCCCACUGUCGAUCUAGGCAUUGCUCGUGACACACCAGUAGGUGAGCUGGAACGAAGCCUUCGUGAUGCCCUCCGUGGAGUGGGGAAAGCCCAAACCAGCGUGGACGUGAUUAUCACUACUGGUGGUGUAUCAAUGGGUGAGCUCGAUCUGUUGAAGCCCACUAUUGAGCGCUCGCUAGGCGGAACUAUUCAUUUCGGCCGUGUGUCCAUGAAACCAGGCAAACCAACCACAUUCGCUACAGUUCCGUUCAAACCGUCAUCAUCAACUGAACAAGCCCAGCAGGAACGCGAGACUAAGCUCAUCUUCUCACUACCCGGAAAUCCUGCUUCAGCACUCGUGACGCUCAAUCUAUUCGUCCUCCCAUCCCUCCACAAGCUGAUGGGCAUGGGUGAAAAGCAAGCUGCACCCGGCGUAUCGUCAGCACUCGGACUACCUCUCGUUUCAGUUAGCCUCGCACAUACGUUCCCGCUGGACCCCAAACGUACCGAGUACCACCGGGCCAUUGUGACAGCCUCUCGGUCUGACGGCCGAUUGCACGCUUCUAGUACGGGCUUGGGAGGAGUCGGGCAGCGGAGUUCCAGGGUAGGAAGCUUGGCGAGCGCAAACGCGCUGUUAGUGCUUCGCCCAGGAAGUGGGAAGGUUGAAAAGGGGACUCUGGUGGAGGCACUGAUGCUUGGACCAGUUGUGGCAGUGGAGUAGAUGCUGUUUAUCCUUGAUUUGAAGUAUGUUGUGCUUAAUGUGUCACACGUAAACACUGACAAUCAUGCCAAUAUACAUUAUCUCACAUGUAAUAUGAUGUUAGCUAUUUAUGCUUUUCAAACAGCCAUCCACAAAAAGAAGAAGU